UGGGAACGACCUGAAGCGUUUUACGCGUCUCAAAAAUAUGCACCCAAUCUUCCUCAUUCGAAGGAUGUUCUUAUACACUUCCUUAAGAGUGCCCGAAUACUUUGGGUUCGUUUCAGUGCUGAACUUCUUCCCGGUGGUGCUCUUGCCAAUGCUACACCUGAGCAGAUAGAGAGUGCUUGGAUGGAGAAGACUAAUGAUCUGAAUGAAGCUGAUUUUGGGAUGUAUCGACAGGCUGCGCGUGCUACACCAACCAUUUCUCUUGCUCAGUACAACGCACGAAAGAUGUUCAAACUCAAUCAGACUGCUGAAUUCCUUCACAGUCUUAGUCCCGAAAUGCGGCAAUGGCUUCGAAAAAUCACACGCACUCAGGAUGCUUCAGGGUCUAGCUGCCAGCAGCGAAUUCAGCUCGCGGAAUAUCGCCAGCGGGUUGCGGAGGACAAGACACAAAAGCAGCAGGAACGGAUGGAGAGACACAGGAAAGCUGCACGCGAAAUUGACGCGAUU